CCGUAACUAUAACACUUCAACCAAUACGACUUUAUAUCUAAAUUGUCCUACAACGCACUGUGUCACAUAUACAUAUUAUUUCAGAUCUUUAACCUCAACUAAAUAGUCAUCUCACAUAAGAACAAAUACAAUAUCCCGCGCGAAGCGCGGACCGACCCUAGUUAUACUAAUAGUAAAAGUUGUAAGUCUUUAAAGAUUAGGUUUUAACCUUCUAUCCAUAUGUCUUAAACAUUAUCUUUCUAGUAAUCGAGGACGGAUUCAACAUACACAUGAGGAGGAUUGGUUGUAUACCUAAUACUUAUCUUUUGUAUACCUAAUACUUAUCUUUUCCAGACGUUUGUUGGGAAGCGUCGUAAUAAAUGACAUGGAGAGACUCUUCUAAGAAACUAGAAGAUGUGAAGACAAAUUUGUUUGUAACAAUUUUACCAAUGCAUUUGUACAUGCAGUUUGGAGAGACUUGACUGAAGGAUAUCUUAUAGUAGUUUGGACCAUGUUUCUGCCUCCAAAGUCCAAAUACUACGGGCACCUUGUUGAAAGGUGAUAAAAAUUAAUUUAUCGUUAACUUUCAACAACUUAUAACAACGUUUAUAAUCCACUAUAACUUAAACUCAAUGAUGUUGAACACUUCAUUGUUCAGGUCAAAACACAUUAAUAUUUUAAAGUGACCGGCUCUGAAGUAAAUUUUACCAUCUAGUAAAACGCUGUGGUGGUCUGCAAGUUUAUCUAUACAAUUAACAAGUGGAGUAUUGUUGCAAUCCACUUUUUGCUAAUAAAUGUUUUUAUCAAGAAGCGAAAAAACUCGAAACUCCAUGGUUGGUGGACAUAAAAUCAUGCAGAGGACCUUGAACAUUUUGCUUUCUUGAUCGAAUCCACGAAAGAAAUUAGUUUCUUGCCUCAUCAAACCGACGAGCUUGGGUAAGCAGGGUUGCAUAUAUUAUUAUGUGAUUUUUAUUUUUUUUAUUUUGUGGAAUUUGCUUUGUGUUGCCUAGGCCUCUUAUUUUUCAUUGGAUUAUUUUGGUUAGCGAAUGAUUGAUCUCAGGUAAUUAAUACAAUCCUGUUAAAGUUUGCAUCAAUUUAGCGUAUCAAAAUCUAAGCACGUCAAAUAAAGAUUUUGUUACGCAUAGAUUUACUAAUGUAUGUCCAGCACAAUAAAAAAAACUGACAAAAGGUAUGUAUAUUAGAUUAGUAAUGUACGAUCUACAAAUGUUUGAGGUACAUUCAUACGGUUCAUGCUGAUGCUAACAAAUAAAUUCGUUAUCUGUUGCAUAUGUGUUUUCAGGUCAGCUUGACACUGAGCAUAACAGCGGACUUGCAGUCACUAUUUACUUGGAACACAGAGCAGGUAUAGUAGCAUCUGAAAGCACACCAAUGCCAAUUUGGCAUCUUCACAAUCUCGUACUGUAUUGUUGGAUACUUCUUUCUGUAUGGUUGGAUCAUAAUAAAGCCAACAAAAACGAAAAUAUUUGUAUGUUUUCGCUUUUGUAGCAGCAGGGUAUAAAACCUGGAAGAAUUCCCUGAAUCAAGUAACGAUUUAUAGCCUACUUCUUUCGUUGUGGAUAAGAACAAGUUCAGAGUUAUGUGGUUUUAGCGUUGCUGCCUUCUUCAUGCCUGUGAUGUAGAUCAGGACCUAUUAUUUAUAUACGAUGAACAUUUGACAUUUUCUCACACGUUUCUCUAUGGGAUGCCAUAAUACCCGAGAAAGAGCAUGCCAAGUUCUGGAUACAAAUCUUGAAUAAGUACCGUUUCAUCAAUCAGGUAGUUGAAGCACUCUCUCUUAAAACACUCAUCCUUCCCCUUUGUCAAGAGCAUAUCUGAUUGUGGAUCUUUCUACGGAAACAACCUCUGAGGGAAAGACUUCAACUUGACACUGCACUGGCAUGUCAUGCCCUAGACCGGCAAGAUGUUUGCUGACAAAAUAGUAAUGUCUGGUUAUGAAGAGCCGCCUCAUGCAUCAUCAUCUAGGAAAGAAAGAGAGCUAUGUUUCAGGUUUGAGACUCCAAUGUCUGAUCUGUAUACUGAGAACAUGUUAAUUUAGAAUUAUUAUUUUUAUUAAAGAUAAUAAGAAGAUAAUUAUCAUGUUGGCUACAUGUGAUUUUGUUUUACAAAAAAUAAAUAAAUAACAAGAUAGAAAAAUCAGUGGGUUGAGAUUUUCCUUCUGGUGUGAGCCUUUCCUGUGUAUAUAAAAGAGAGAGAGCUAUGUUGUAUCACUUCAUCAUUCAUCAAUGGCUAGGAAGACAAAACUUAGGAGGAUAGAAUCCGUAUCAGUGCCCCACCACCAUGUAAUAGAGCGAAUAAUGGAGAGACUUCCGGUGAGGUCUCUGCUGAGUUUCAAGGCUGUGUCAAAGCAAUGGAAAUCAACUAUCGAAUCCAGGUUCUUCCAAGAAAGACAGUCGAAGCAUAGUCAGCAGUGUGGAGAUCCAGAUGUUCUCAUGGUGUCUUCAACCUCUCUAAGAACACUUGUGUUUGGUUCAUUACCAUCAUCGUCGGUUAAGAUGCCUUGGGGAAACAAAACGUACUUAGUUUGUCAGAGUAGUGUUGACGGCCUUGUUUGUCUGUACGAUUCUCACAAACCUGGUUUUGUAGUCAACCCCAUAACUGGAUGGUAUAGGCCUCUUCCUCUCUCGAGAUUACAAGAACGCAUGAUCUUAAAGGACGGUUACAUCGAGCUUGGACACUUAAACUUCAAGCCUGGGUUCGGUAAAGACGAGUUCACAGGGACGCGCAAGCCUGUUUGGCUCUAUAACUCUAUAGAUAUAGGUCUUGAAAACGCUACUACUACGUGCGAAGUUUUCGAUUUUAGCACCAACUCUUGGAGGUAUGUCGCACCCUCUGCUCCUUGUCGGAUUCUUGGAGGCUUCCCCACUCCUGUGUUUGUAGAUGGGUCGCUUCAUUGGUUCUCAGAGUGUGAAGAAACCGAGGUGUUAUCUUUCGAUCUUCACAGUGAAACUUUUAAAGUCAUCUCUAAAGCUCCAUUUGGAUCCACUGCAAGUCAUUGGGAGAUUCUUUUGUGCAACCUCAACAACCGCCUGUGCGCUUCCCAGUUGAAGCUGUCUGACCAAGUUAUAUGGUCGUUCAAUUCAUUGAACAAGACAUGGGACAAGCUCUGGUCCAUAUGUAUUGUUCCAACUUGGCGUUCCUUUGGUUUCCCAACAUGGUACGCUCUCUGGCCACUAGCAAUUUUUGUGGAGAAGAAGAAGAAGAAGAAGUUGUUGUUUUAUGAUCCUGCUCACAAUCAUACGCUGGUGUUACAUGACCCUGAGACCAAAUCAUAUGAUGUUGCUUUUUCUGAUGAAUCUAUUGGAUAUCCUGUUUGUUAUUUUCCAAGUUUAAUCUCUAUUUGACUAUUGUCAAUUGUUAAUACCAAUCUUUGCUUGCAAGUUAUGGUUAUUGUGCUACUUGUCUCAUAGUAUUCAUUGGAUAUAAAAACAUAUUUCAAAUCAUCUCUUGCUAUGGAACAAGUACUGGGUGAACACACUUGAGCUCAACCAUUGUUUUGAAGUGUGCUUCCUCAUUCUUUUCCUCUCGUUUAGUUCAAUGGUAGCAUAACUGAAAGCA